GCUAGUGACCUGGGUACAGCUAAAGUAGUUUGUGCAUACCUCAAGCUUGUUUCCUUGUACCGUCUCCUAUCCGGGCCUGCGCUGGACGUACGGCAAAUCUCUGUCACCCAUGUUGAGCCCGCCAUAGGCCAUCCAACCCGGUCAAUUCCCCCCCUGUUCGUCAUGUCAAAGGAACCAGAUCCGUCACCUUCGCUUGCUCCAUCCUCCUCGGUUCACUUUGCCGAAGGGUCACUCGACUCGCUCAGGAGUGAACCUGGACCUUCGACACUUGGAAAAUCUAGGUCUUCUCAGCUUGCUCGUCAGGCUCAAGCCUUGUCAAGGUCUCCAUCGUUACCUGCGAAAGCUGAGAGGAGAGCUUCUUUGGUCACGGGUGGAUACAUCACUUCAGAAUCGGAAUCUGAUGGACCGAGACCUCCACCCUCGCCGCUACGGCUCCAGCAACGAUCUCGUGCCCCUUCCGAUAUGGACUCGCCGAGGACGCGCCGAGCGUCACGCAUUCCAUCUCGCGUUCGAGAGAUCACCUCGUCACCAGAUUCACGCAAAGGCAAGGAGCGUGCGCACAAUGGUCUGGCCUCGAGUCUUGGAAUCGACACUAGCCGACAGGGUUUGACAUCAGCUCAGAUAAAUGACCUACUGAAUGAUACAGAUGUAGUCUCGGCCCUGAGGAUGAUGAACAACUCGACCUUGGCAGCGAGACUUUCGGCCUCCCGCCAGGAUACGGUUACAGCCCCAACAACGCAUACCGAUCCAUUUAUUCCUCGAGCCCCACCCGCUCUCAUGCCGGAUGGUGGAGCUGAUAUCGGUCGCGAUAGGUCAGUUUCCAAUGCCAGUACCAUCAUCCACGGUCGGAGAAUGUCAGAGAUCGGAGGUCAUGUGCCAUUCACCCACCCAAUCACGUUUGAGGGAGAUACGACGGAGGACGACCGGAGUCGUGAGGCGACAGUGAAACCGCGACAGCAUCGACUAAGUAAUCUGUUCAAGAAGAAGCACCAGGUCUCGGACGUGGAGGCUCACAGCAUCACCUCCAGAUCGGAGCGGGAUGAACAGGCUCAAGAUAGGGACCUAGAGAUGAGAAGGCUGGAAGCGCUGCGGAGGGAGGAGGAGCUUCUGCAGGAACGAAGAUUCAAAGCUCUCACCCUCGUUGCCGCACAUCCCGACAGCGAACGUUUAGCGUACAAAGCAUCCUCCCAUCUUCGUCACUACUACAAUCUAGUGUACGAAGGUAUCGACAAUCCGCCACGUCUAAAUCCGCUCGCAGUCUUGCGAUGGAAGCAUAAGACAGAGGAACAGUUGAACGUCCAAGCCCAUUGGGAAAAGAUGAAUAGGCUUAGCGUGGCUCCCUCAUGGCGGUAUACCAUGGACGACGUGGUGGCUUAUCAGGAUGCCAAGGGCAUCGUCAACUAUUUCAUUCCUCCUCGAGAGCCUGUCAAUGGUAGAUACUCCGGCGAAUCAAGUCUGCGUUCUGGGUCUAGUCACAAACUCGGAUCCAAAACAGAAUCUAUCAGUAAGACCGAGCUUGAGCGCACAUCAAGCGAGGCGUUAUCGAGAUCCGUGUCACAACAUAAUCCUCACGUCUCCAUUGGCUCGGAGCGCCUCACACAAGCCAUCAAAAAUCCGUUUGACCGCAUCAAUAAGCGUCACGACGAACCAUCUAAAGCUCGUUCUAUCACCGACGACGAACAUCCUUUCCACUUGCGCAACCUAUUGCCGCGUACGCGGGAGCCUAGAAAGUCACUCGAGGUCCAAGCUCAAGAUCGACAGGCGGAACUCGAAGCCUUACAGAUGGCUCUUGCAAGGGAGACGGCCUUGAGGAAGAGGCGAGAUGCCGUGGAAAAGCAAGUUGACAAAGAGGUCGAGCAGGCGCGACUAGCGCAGAACGAGAUCUACGAGGAGAAACAGAAUCGGUUGAGAGAGAUUCGUCAUCGGAUCGAGCUGAUCGACGGGCAAGACGACGACGACUUUCGUCAAUAUUUUCUCCAGUCUGAUCAGGUCGCCAGUGUUGCGGCAUCUUUCGGUAUCAAAGCUACCUUCCCGAACCUUGAAAAGUUGCGGAACGUAUACGGCACGGACCGACGUAUUCAACCCCUCUGGGUCAAUCCACAUCCUCGUGACUCGCCCGUUGCUCGCGUCGAAGCUGCUUUGGCACGGGGGAGAGAGGCACACUCGGCGUUCUUGCAUCAAAGGGCGGAGACUGCGCGUCAAUUACAGUCCAUGAUCACCCGAAUCGACGCGAUGAUGAAGCAAAAGGAUGCGGUAAGAUCCUGGACUAAAGCGGCCUUGGAGUCCAAUCGUGUUCUUCGCGCCAAUAUGGAAUCUCUCAACGCCCAAGUCGUCGGAAACAGUCGUGCGAGAAUGCGCAGAGUUCGUGAUAGAUUGAUCGACUUUGGCGUUCGGCAAGGCCUAGGACAAAUAUUCAAGCUCUGUUACAAGCUAUGGGAGGCAUUAAUAUGGACAGCAAGUUGGCGAACUCCAACGGCGAGAAAGAAUCUGAGACAGGAUCAAAAGGGCUGGAAGGGCGUCCCCUACGGCACAUUUAUUGGCGUCGCGGUGAUAGGUAUGAUCAUUCUGUUCUAUCAUGUUGGUGAAGGUUGAGGGUUUUCUUGGAUUUUGGGACGAACCAUUGGACUAUCAGAGUCAUUCACAUCUAGAGUUUUUGUAUUGCAAAUCUGCAUGGCAUGUCAAGUC